AAUGACAGAAAACCUGAAUACGGAACUGAAGCAGCCAUUCAGUUUCUUGCUGUGAAGUGGCAGCAGCCAGAGAGGCUACUGAGUGUGGACGUGAAGAGCUGGGAGCUUAGAACAAACACGCACAGAUGUGGAAGUCAGUGGUGGGCCAUGAUGUGUCUGUUUCUGUGGAGACACAGGGUGAUGACUGGGACACAGACCCUGACUUUGUGAAUGACAUCUCUGAGAAAGAGCAACGGUGGGGAGCCAAGACCAUCGAAGGCUCUGGACACACAGAGCACAUCAACAUCCACCAGCUGAGGAGUAAAGUGUCAGAGGAACACGAUGUUCUCAAGAAGAAAGAGAUGGAGUCAGGGCCCAAAGCAUCCCACGGCUAUGGAGGGCGCUUCGGAGUGGAAAGAGACCGAAUGGACAAAAGUGCUGUGGGCCAUGAGUAUGUCGCGGAGGUGGGGAAACACUCUUCACAGACAGAUGCUGCUAAAGGCUUUGGGGGCAAAUAUGGAGUUGAGAGAGACAGAGCCGACAAAUCAGCAGUGGGCUUUGAUUACAAAGGAGAAGUAGAGAAGCACGCAUCUCAGAAAGAUUACUCUCGGGGCUUUGGUGGCCGUUAUGGAGUGGAGAAGGACAAAAAGGACAAAGCUGCCCUGGGAUAUGACUACAAGGGAGAGACGGAGAAACACGAGUCCCAGAGAGAUUAUGCCAAAGGCUUUGGUGGCCAGUAUGGAAUCCAGAAGGACCGAGUGGAUAAGAGUGCUGUUGGCUUCAAUGAGAUGGAGGCCCCAACCACGGCCUAUAAGAAGACGACACCCAUAGAAGCUGCUUCCAGUGGUGCACGUGGACUGAAGGCAAAAUUUGAGUCCAUGGCUGAGGAGAAGAGGAAGCUGGAGGAAGAGGAGAAGGCAAAGCAGAUGGCCAGACAGCAACAGGAGCGGAAGGCUGUGGUGAAGAUGAGCCAAGAGGCUCGACGGCCAGCAGCUCCUGUGGAAGAGCCAGCAGCGCCAGCCCCACCGCCCAAGAAAAUCUCCUCAGAGGCCUGGCCUCCAGCACAGAGUCACGUACCACCAGAGCCCGAGCCUGUAAGACCCAGCAGGGAAUGCCCAGCGCCCUCCCUGCCCACGAAGCAGGAUCCCCUGGAGGAUGAUGAAGAGCCUCCAGCUCUGCCCCCUAGGACCCCAGAAGGCUUCCAAGUGGAAGAAGAGCCAGUGUACGAAGUAGAGCCUGAACCCGAGCCUGAAAAUGACUACGAGGACGUUGAAGAGAUUAGCAAGCACGAUGAAGAGGCCGAGGGGGACUACGAGGAUGUGCUGGAGCCCGAGGACUCCUCAGCUCCUUCUGCCCAGGCUGGAUCAUCAGGCAGCAGAGAUGGGGCUGUGGGGAUCUCAGCUGUCACCCUGUAUGAUUACCAAGGAGAGGGAAGCGAUGAGCUGUCCUUUGAUCCAGACGACAUUAUCACUGACAUCGAGAUGGUGGAUGAGGGCUGGUGGCGGGGACAAUGUCGCGGUCACUUUGGACUCUUCCCUGCAAAUUAUGUCAAGCUUCUCCAGUAACUGGCCUUUUCCGUCUACUGCUACUGUGACUUCCUGUGUCCAAAGUGGCUGUGCCUCCACCCCAACACCAUUUGAGUGCCUGACAGACGCCACGUGUUACCUGCUGUUCUGGACAGACUUCCCCUCCCGCUUUAUUAAGGGCUUUGGGUGGAGACAGCAUGAGGAUGGGGGGUUUCUUUCCCCUCAGAAUCGUAUCAUGCAUGAGCUAGAGGAUAUUGUCCCAUAGUCCUGGCUCUUUCUCCAAGAGUGUACCCACUAACAUCCCAAUUCUGGUCUCCUCCCUUUUGAGCCCUGGGCUUCCCAGGUUGCUCUCUAGACUGUGUGGCUUCCCUGGUGGUGCCUUCGCCCACUUUUCUUCCCCACAGGUUUAUCCCUGAACCUUUUCUCUGUUCAGCCCUAAUGUGGAAAAUAAAGUAGGACUCUCUCUCACCUCUA